GUUCGGAGUGUAACCAGAAGAGGGUUCCCGCGCCGACCGGCUCGCCCAUCGCCCCUUCCUCUGCCUCUCUCCCGUGGACAGAUCCAUGUCCGUGCCCGCGCGCGCCUGUGCGUGUGUGAAUUGCCCAGAGAGGGGAAAUCGCGGCACCUCUGCAAAUACCGGACUGAACGCCGUAAUUCGUCUGUCGCCGCCGCUGCCUUUUUUUUUUUUUUUCGUGCUCUUGAGAUCUCCAGUUGGGAUUCCUACGGACUGACAUUUCUCUGAAGCAGAAGACUGGCCAUCAAUCUGGAAAUCCUUCUAAUUUUUACACUCCCGCCCCCCUCCAAGUUCUGAUUGAUUCAUUUGGAAGUUUGGAGGCAACUCUAACCGGAGAGUUGUGCGGAUUGAUGGGAUCGUCGCCUUACGCAUUUGCUCGGUUUUACAAAACAAGGAAACUUGACAGAGGAGCAUGCUGUCCCUAAAAAUUACAACAGCACGGAGGAAGUAGACUGAUAAUAACAGUGCUUAUUAAUAAUGUGCCUCAUGAAAUAAAGAUCCGAAAGGAAUUUGAAUAAAAAUUUCCUACAUCUCAUGCCAAGGGGAAACACCAGAAUCAAGUGUUCCGCGUGACUGAAGACACCCCCUCAUCCAAGAAUGCAAAGCACAUCCAAUAAAAUAGCUGGAUUAUAACUAUUCUUUUUUUCUUUCGGGGCCGUGGGGUGGGAGCGGGAAGAGAGGUGCUGCCGCUGCCCGGCCGCUUUUCUCGGUGAAGGAUGGCGCACGCCGGGAGAACAGGGUAUGAUAACCGGGAGAUAGUGAUGAAGUACAUCCACUAUAAGCUGGCGCAGAGGGGCUACGAAUGGGACGCGGGGGACGCGGGCGCUGCGUCCCCGGGGGCCGCCCCCGCGCCGGGCAUCUUCUCCUCCCAACCCGGGCGCACGCCCCCGCCCGCCACGCCUGGGGACCCGGCAGCCAGGACCUCGCCGUCGCCGCCCCCGAUGGCCGCCGCCGUCGCGGGGCCUGCGCUCAGCCCGGUGCCACCUGUGGUCCACCUGACCCUCCGCCAGGCCGGCGAUGACUUCUCCCGGCGCUACCGCCGCGACUUCGCCGAGAUGUCCAGCCAGCUGCACCUGACGCCCUUCACCGCGAGGGGACGCUUUGCCACGGUGGUGGAGGAGCUCUUCAGGGAUGGGGUGAACUGGGGGAGGAUUGUGGCCUUCUUUGAGUUCGGUGGGGUCAUGUGUGUGGAGAGCGUCAACCGGGAGAUGUCGCCCCUGGUGGACAACAUCGCCCUGUGGAUGACUGAGUACCUGAACCGGCACCUGCACACCUGGAUCCAGGAUAACGGAGGCUGGACUGAAAACAGGACCAGCACCAUCCAGGGGACAAAUCUGGCCCUGAACAGAUGUCAUCUGAGCCGCGGAUGCUUUCGUGGAACUAUAUGGCCCCAGCAUGCGGCCUCUGUUUGAUUUCUCCUGGCUGUCUCUGAAGACGCUGCUCAGUCUUGCCCUGGUGGGAGCCUGCAUCACCCUGGGUGCCUACCUGGGCCACAAGUGAAGCCAACAAUCUGCUGCAAACAAAUAUGCAAAGGUUCACUAAAGCAGUAGAAAUAAUAUGCAUUAUCAAUGAUGUACCAUGAAACGAAGCUAUAGGCUCCUUAAAGAUAACAAAACACACACACACACACACACACACACACACACACACACACACACACACACACACAGCUUUCAGGCAAAACGUCGAAUCAGCUAUUUACUGCCAAAGGGAACUAUCAUUUAUUUUUUACAUUAUUAAGAAGAAAGAUUUAUUUAUUUAAGACAGUCCCAUGGAAACUCCUGUCUCUGGAAACCCUACCAUUAACCACCAAGCACCACUUCAGGUGGCUCCACCUGGACAUCCUGUGCUGCAGACACAGACUUGUUGUCCAGAGUGUUGGCCAGACUGACCCACCCUUUGAGGAGCAAACAAAUGGACAAAGGACAGGACUGUUGGGGAAGCCAGUUUUCUGGCUGUUGGAGGUUGGGAAGAAGGUGUUCGUUGUUCUUGCAUUUAUUUGCCCCAGGGGCUGUGAUAUUAACAGAGGGAGGGUGCUUGGAGGGAAGUCCAUUCUCCCCUGGCCUGAAGAAUACUUUGCAUAUGACUUAAAUGGUACAAACCCAGUUGGAGAAAAAACUGGGGACUUCAGAUGGACGUGGUACCUGCCAAGAUUUCCACGCCGAAGGACAGCAAUGGGGAAACUGCCCUUAAAACAUAGGAAAGUAUUUUUUUAAGCUACCAAUUGUGCCGAGAAGCAAUUUAGCAAUUUAUCCAAUAUCAUCCAGUACCUUAAACCCCAAUCGUGUAUAUUCAUAUAUUUUGGAUACACACCCCCUCCCCCAGUACUGGCUCUGUCUGAGUAGGAAACAGAAUCCUUUGGAAUUCGAGGAAGUGAACAUUUCAGUGACUUCUUCGGCAUCAGGAAGGCUAGAGUUACCCAGAGCAUCAGGCCGCCACAAGUGCCUGCUUCUAGGAGACCGAACUCUGCAGAACCUGCCCUUGGGUCCCAGCUCGAGGCCUGGUCCUGCCUGGAGCUGAGCCCAGGUACUCGCUGGUCUCCUCUAGGGGUUUUAAACACAGCAGUGUGGUCUCUGAAUGUUUGGAAGCUGACGGAGCUCAGAAUUCCACUGUCAAGAAAGAGCAAUAGUGGGAAUAGGCCUGGGCCUGCCCCCCUGCGGCCUGCCGGUGGGCCCGUCUCCAUGGGAGCCAUGCUUUUCUUGAGACAUUCAUCACUGUGGAGGGAAGGGACAGAGGCACUGUGCCUUUCCUAGCAGAGGGACAGGGUGAAGACUGGGAAGCUGCUCCCAAAACUAAAUGAGAAAAGGAGGCAGCUUUGGCCCAGUUUCGGCCACAGAGCAUGCGUGCUGGCUAUGGGCUGCUGGCCUGUCAGUGCAGUUUAAAGCAAGGCUUAAAAUGACUUUGAGGAGGGUCAAAAACCCUAAAGGGAGCGUGGAAUGAAGUGUGAUUAAUUGACCUAUGACUAUAGAACUAUCUGUAAAACAUUAUUGUGUCAUUGUAGUUUGGUUUCAUUUGAAAACCUGGUAGGAAAGAAAAAGUUCCAGGUGUGGAAUGCAGGGAGUAUCUGUACAUCCUGGGGCAUUAAAAAAAAAAAAAAAAUGGUGGAAAUAUAGAGAAGUAGCAAAAGAAGUGAAAUCUCUGGCUAAUAAACUAUAAAGUACUUUUGUGGAAUAACUUUGUGGCAUUAUCGCAUUAUAUACCAUUUAUCUGUAUUAACUUUGGAAUGUACUAUGUUCAAUGUUUAAUGCUGUGGUUGAUAUUUCAAAAGCUGCUUUAAAAAAUACAUGCAUCUCAGCAUUUUUUUUAAAAAUGGUAUUUAGUUAUGGCCUCUACACUAUUUGUUAGCAAAAAUGAUCAUUUUCCAUUGGAGAUUUUUGUCUCUUGAUUCUUCAAAAGCAUUUCUGCAAAGGUGAGAUAAGCCCUGAGUCUCAGCUAUCUGAGAAACCCUGGAUUUUGCUGGCCACUGAGGAGCUCUGUUUUCACCAUGCUACAUGCAUUUUAUGUCAACACAGUUGAAACAGAUAUAUCUGUUGUCCCUUUGACCUUGUUUCCUGAAGGUUUACUUGUCCCUGGGCAGUUCAGCAUUUAACUGAAUUCAUGUUAUUUAGGAUUACAUGCAUGUUUGGUUAAACCCAUGAGGUUCAUUCAGUUGAAAGUCCAGAUGGGAAAUGACCAAAGGAUUAAAAUCUUGCUGCGGUAGUUUGGCCUUUACAGUUGCUUUAUGUGGCCUGCCUGACAUAGGCCCACCUGGAGCCCUCCUGCCCUCCUUCCACAGGGCCCAUUGCCGUGGCCGUCCUUCAGGUCCUUCCUGAAAUGCAGUGGCGUUUACACGUUACUGAGAAAUCUCCCUGGCGAGCCUCAGGGAAUGGGAUGAUCAAACCUUUGAACGAUUCUAAUGUUUAAGCAAAAUAUUGUUUUCUGAAAGGUUUACAUUGUCAAAGCGCGGAAUAUGAAAUACCGAGUCCUGUGCUGCUAUCCUGCCGAGAUCAUUUUAGUGGAGUCAGUUUGCAACCUACUCCAAGUGGCGCAAUCCUCAAGCUGCUGUAGAAGUAACAAUGAAGAACGUGGACAUUUUAAAUAGAAAGCUGUUUGUCUUUGUUGUUGUUCAAACUAGAAUUUGCAGAGUAUUUGAAAAAUGUAUAUAUGGGGGGGUAAAAAAAGGCCAUAGGGACUAACUUGUGGCUGAUUUCCUUUUGCUGUGGGGUUUUGUUAUCUGAUUUUUAUGGUAAAUGUGCCCAGCCACCCAACCCCAAAACUGUACAGUAAUGUGGCUGCACUUGCUCUAAGAGUAGUGGAUGUUGCAUUUUUCUUGUUGUUAAAAACAUGUUAGAAGCAAUUAAUGUAUAUAAAAGCCUGAACUGUUCUAUUUUUCUCCUUUU